GAUGCACCGUCUGUAUAAAUGCCUACGUUCCAAACAAGAGUCACCUCAAACAACAGAGUGAACUCAGCGUAGACCUUCCUCUCCACGAUGAAGAUGAUGCAGGUGACAUUAUUUGUGGCUCUUCUUGGGUUUUUAGCCUCAGCUGCCACUGGCUCGAAGGACUUUCUGCCUUUCGACUGCAAUGACAUCUAUUGCAAUGACAACACCAGCUCCAGUGGGGUGUACACCAUCUUCCCCGGGGGUCCCGACACUCCCCUGCAAGUCUUCUGUGACAUGAACACUGACGGGGGCAGAUGGACGGUAUUUCUCAAGAGGAUGGAUGGGACUAUAAACUUCUACAGGCCCUGGAGUAACUAUAAAUUCGGAUUUGGGAACAUGGCAGGAGAAUAUUGGCUCGGCCUGGAAAACAUCUUCCUGCUGACUCUGAGGAAGGAGAACGAGCUGCGGAUCGACAUGGAGGACUUUGAACGGGGGAAGAGGUACGCCAAGUACUCCUCCUUCUCCAUCGAUUCUGAGGUUGACGGUUAUGAGCUUCACCUGGGCAAAUUCACUGGCGGAAAAGCAGGGGACAGUUUGACAAACCACAACAACAUGAAGUUCACCACGUUUGACAGAGACCAGGAUAUUUACACUGUAAACUGCGCUCAGAAUUCUAUCGGUGGAUUCUGGUACUCCAAAUGCAUAACCCUAAUCCAUGCCAACCCCACCGGCUUGUACGCACCUCGCGGGACCACCACUGUAUAUCCCUAUGUUGGGGUUAUCUGGAGAACAUGGAAGGGCACGAAGUACUCCCUGAAAACCUUCGACAUGAAGAUCAGAUCCGUCUCUGGAUGUGUAUGCUCACAUUAACCUGAUUAUCCGCAGAGUCACUAGUUAUGGUGAAACUUUACCAUUAGGUGAGGAGGGUUUCUUUUAUUCCUAUUGACUACAAACAAUUUUUGGGGAAAAAUGUAUGUGAAAUGUUUAUUUUACACAUUUAUUCUUGCACACAUAUACAAUUUGAAUUAAUCUGUUCUUGCCUGAUUCUUUCUUAAUUUGUUUUACAUUUUUACUGGAUUCAGUUCAGUCUUUGGGAUCUUUUAAUAAAACGUAUGUGAUCAAACUUU